AUGAACGUAGAAGAAAUAUCGGCAGCCGAUUUAGGACAAAUUUUGGAGGCGGAAAGAGAAUUGGUCCUCAAAACCCAAGACAACUAUCGCCAACUGAAACAAAAAUUUGUGGAAUUACAAGAGCGCCUUCACGACGUUACCCAACAAAAUGAAGUGCUAUUGGCUAGACAGAGCAACACCGAGAAGUUGCAGCAAAACUUCCACAUCCUGGAGCAGCAGAGCAGAGCCCUGAUUCAACAGGCAUCUAAAAUCACUAAAGAUAUGAUCCGGUACCUACUGUUUCGGUCAACUACUUUAUCCGAACUUCGCGAAUCCUUCAAGCUGGAACUUGUCGAGUAUGAGCGACGACUUGAAGAAGUCGACGACCAACGCCAAAUGUUGCAAGCGAAAAACCUAAAGCUAGAGGAUAUGCUUCGAGAACAAAGGGUGGAAUCUAGAAAAGCAACAGAAGAGUGGCAUGACAAAGAACGUCGAUUACAUGCCUAUUUCGAGGAAGAAACCGCUAAAUCCAUUGCAAAACUCCAAACAGAAAGAGCAGCAAAAACCUCCGAAGCCAGUGAGCACGCGGAACAAUACCGCGAGGAGAUCCGGGGCUUAGAAAGGAGCGUGAGCGUCGUCUACCGUGAAAGCAUGAGCGCGAGGAAGAUGCGUCAGAGAUUCACAGGUUACAAGCAGCACAGUCAGAGGCAGAUCGCCUGCUUCAUCGUAAAGCUGAGGAGCUCGAGAAAACUCAACGAAGUCCUGUUAGAAGGCCUACAAAGAGAAGCCUCGUGGAAGCAAGAUGAAACGCGAUUGCUAAACGACUUUGAGCACUCAAAAAAGAAUAUGCGCCAAAUAUACGACAAGCUAGAAGCUGAGUAUACAAUAAUGGAAUCUCGAGCUUCAGACGAAGCAAAACCCUCGCGAAGCGUCGAGGCGGCCACCGACAUCGAAGAGACGGCGCACCUGAAAAAAGAAGCUACAAAAAGACACGAAAACCUAGAGCAGAAGCUAGAAAUGGAAAGAAAGCGACACAAAGAAGAGCUAGCAUCGUCGGUUGCAAGACUGGAAGCGGAAACAAAGAGUAAACAACAACUGGAGGAUACGAUCGUGACAUUGAAGAAAAAACUAACCAUCAACCCGGAAGCCGAGAAACAACUAAACUAUGCAGCUGCUCAACUACUUGCAAAAGAGGAAGAACUAAAAAAGACGCGAGCUCACUACAAAGAACUGCUGAAGCGGAUGAAAGUCUCUCUACUCAACAUCGAAAGAAAAUAUAAGAAGACCCAAGCGAAUUUCGAAAAGAGUAUAGUUUUC